AUGGCUCCCCUCAAGCUUAACAGUGCCAACCUUUCACAGAUUUCCACCGCAGGCGACCAGGUGAAGGUCCCAACCUAUCCCCGCGGCAAUGCUGUCAAGGAGGGAAUCGUUCAUAUCGGCAUUGGUGGCUUCCACCGAGCUCACCUGGCUGUCUAUGUUCACGAGUUAAUGCAAAACCAUGGUGUGACGGACUAUGCGAUCUGUGGUGUCGGCUUGACGCCCUUCGACGUCGCUAUGCGCGAUGCCUUGGGCUCGCAGGACCACCUCUACACUGUUAUUGAGCGCUCGGCCAAAGGAAGCGCCGCCAACGUUGUUGGCAGCAUCAACUCCUACCUCUUUGCACCCGAGGACCGCGAGGCUGUGAUCGCCAAGAUGGCCCACCCUGAUACACACAUUGUGUCGCUCACCAUCACUGAGAGCGGCUACUACUACAAUGAGAACACCCAUGAGCUUCAAAGUGAGAACGCCGACAUUCAGUUCGAUCUCAACCCAGCCAACGAUAAGGCACCUCGUACCACUUUCGGCUUCCUUUACGCUGCCCUCGCACGCCGUCACCAGCAAGGCCUCAAGCCCUUCACCGUCAUGUCGUGUGAUAACAUGCAGAAGAAUGGCGCUAUCACACGGCACAUGCUCGAAUCGUUUGCCCGCCUGCGCAACCCUGAGCUUGCCAAGUGGAUUUCUGAGGAAGGCCACUUCCCCAAUGCAAUGGUCGACCGUAUCACACCUCAGACCUCGCCCGCCGAUAAGAAGUCACUCGCAGAAAACUUUGGUAUUGAGGACUCCUGGCCCGUUGUCACAGAACCCUUCAUGCAGUGGGUGAUCGAGGACCGAUUCUGCGAUGGCCGCCCACCAUUUGAGAAGGUCGGUGUUCAGCUUGUCAAUAAUGUCCACGAUGUCGAGCAGUUCGAGAAGCACAAGCUACGCCUACUCAAUGGCAGCCACUCGGCGAUUGGGUACCCAGGCCAGAUGGCCGGCUUCAAAUACGUCCAUGAGGUCAUGGAGCACCCGGUCUUCCGGAAGUUUGUAUGGCAGAUGAUGCAGGACGAGGUGAAGCCGCUGCUACCCGACAUCCCGGGCGUUAACAUUGAUGAGUAUUGUAACACGCUCAUCGAGCGCUUCUCCAACCCAACUAUCAUGGACCAGCUACCUCGUGUGGCCCUCAACGCUUCUGGCAAGAUCCCACAGUUCAUUAUGCCGUCCAUUGCCGAGGCCAUCUGGGUGUCUGGCCCAUUCCGCCGCCUGUGCUUCGUCGCAGCCGCUUGGUUCCGUUACCUCCACGGUGUCGAUGACAACGGCCAAAAGUUCCAAAUCGACGACCCUAUGCGCGAGGAGCUCCAGGCUAAGGCUGCCGCUGGAGGAACUAACCCCUCCGAGCUGCUCAGUAUUAAGAACCUGUUCGGUGACGACUUGCGCAGCGACAAGCGGUUCAUUGAGACAAUCACCACGGCUAUGGAGGAAAUUGCGCGGGACGGCAUCAUGAAGACGCUUCCCAAGUACGUUGAUUAA